AUGGAUAGAGAAGUUGAUAACCCGCCAGUUUUAGUGGUUAAUCAAAAUCAAGACGCCAACCAAGUGUGCCAUCAAGUCCGACAGGGAAAUAUGGUAGGAGAGAAUAAUCUUGUAGCCAUGGUCGAAAGAAUAAUGGCGCAUAAUGGUGUGAACAUGGGUCUACAGAGGCUAAAUUAUGCGUCUCCUUUGUUAGAGUAUGUGCUACAAACUGAACUCCCAAGGGGAGGAAAAGUCCCUAAAUUCACCAAAUUUAUUGGUGAUACUAAUGAGUCUACAAUCGAACAUAUCGCUCGAUAUUUGACUGAAGCGAGGGACAUAGUGAAUAAUGAGAACUUAAGGAUGACAUAUUUUCCUAGUUAUCUUACAAAGAACACUUUUACUAGGUUUACAACCCUCCCUGCGGAUUCCAUUGAUGAUUGGACUCGUUUAGAAAGGUUGAUCCAUGAACAAUUUUGUAUGGAAAAAUCUAAGAUCAGUCUAAAAGAGUUGUCAAGUGUGAAGCGAAAGUUCGCUGAAUCAAUCGAUGACUACCUUAAUAGGUUCUGA